CGGCAGAUAUUUUUGGCCGCACAUCAGCGUUAUCUUAUAGCGCAUCAUCAACAUGGAGCCCUCAGGGAACAGAACCCCCGAGGGGAAGGAUAUGAUCCAUCUGUCCAAGAAGGCAGAGAGAUAUGCAGGGACUUCCCAGGCCUCGACUCCAGUUGUGGUCGUAACCCAAUCUCAAACAUCAGUCGGUGUCCCCAAGAAGCGCAUCUACGUAGUACCCAUGCCCCGGCGGGCUCCUAAAGAGCCACAAAUCCAGAUUCGGACUCCCACUACAGAUGCAACCCGAACCCGGACUCCAGUCCCAUCCACAAAACGCAUCUUUAUUGUAUCCCAACCUUUCUCUGCUGGGGGCUCGACGCAAACCCAGGUACCAGGCACUAGGAAACAGAUCUAUGUACUAGCUCAGCCCCAGAAUGCUGCUGGGGUCAGGACCCAACCCCAAACUACAGCCAGGAUCACGACUCAACCCCAAACUACAGCCAGGAUCACAAUUAAACCCCAAACUAUAGCUGGGAAAAUAGUGCCAAGACAUUCCCAGAUCAAGACUCCAACUGGGAUCACAGUUCAAUCCCAGAUUGUAGCCAGUGUCAAAGCCCAAGUCCAGCCUGCAGUAGGGAGAACAGACCCUCCUAAUGCUCCAAGGCAGACUAGGAAGAUGGUUCACUUCCAACCCAAGUCUCUGACAGCCAGGGAUGCAGCCCCAACCAAGGCUGAUGCCCAGACUCAGACCCCUACUGUCGUGGCAGAGGUGGUCUCUAUGCUGCAACACGGAGAUGUGAGACCUGCACCGCAGCCAUACCUGGUCCACAAAGAAGAGGUGCUGAGGAGGAUGGGUGCGCCAGAGAAGAUGUCAGUGAGAACGUUGCUGAUGUACACUGGGAAGAACCCUGCAGACCAAGACAGCAAGAACAGAUUGGUGAAAAACCUGAUUAAGGCUGGAAUCCCCCCCAUCGAGAUCCCUGCCUAUAUCACCAGUGCCUUCUCCAGGCUCACCGAGGGUGACACCACAAUGCUGUGUAGUGACAUGAAGUCCCUAGCUAUCAAACACCUCAACUUCACCAAUAUGGCCGAGCAGCUCAUAGAGGAGACUAACCCUGUGCAGCACUGGUCCAAGAUCAUCGAUACCAAAGCCCAGCUAGAGGAGAUGAGACUGUGUUUCAGGGACCCAGCUAACAGUCGUCUGAUGGACAACGUGACCCACGGUAUGAGCACGGGCGUGAUGGACGCCACCUUCGACAUCAUCUCUACCCUCAUUGACUACCAGGUGCAGCUAAUCGCCUGUCUAGUGAACACCAUGCCUUCACACCAAACUCCCACUAGGACGGCUGUCAAAAUUAGGCCUUCUCCGGCCCUUCAGACAUCCGUGUCCCUCGUCACCCCCCCUGUUAUCACCAAUCCGACGCCCCUGGGCCCAUUCGCCUCCCAACCCCCCUUGAAACGUCUCUAUGUGAUAGCCCAGCCCCACAACAAGCCCCUGCGGUGCUGCCAAGAGACCCAGAACGAGACCCAGACAGACACCCAGCUCCUUAAGGAACCACUGAAACAUCAGAAGGGUCGAGGCGUCCAGCGUGGCCCCAGGGGAUCUUACAGGAAGAGAGCCGCUUCAGGGGCCUCAGACAGGAAACAGGAAGCGGCUCAGGAGAAGGGGAGGGGUAAGAAGGUUAAGCUAAACCCCUCCCCACACGUUGCCACGGAUACCGAGGAAGAGGGGAAUGCAAAGAUGGCCAAAAAGAGAACUCCUGGCAACACAGAAGGAAACUCAGCAACUGGAUGUACACAAACGAAUUGAAAAGUUACAGAAUGUGUAGCUGCAAACUCCAGCAGAAAGGAAACCCCAACAGUUGCGCCAACAGAAACAUAGCCUCGUUCCAGAAACAGUUUCUGGUUCCUACACUUGUGUAGGCCUAGAUAUGAGGGGAUUGGAUAGGUGAAAGCAAUUGGAUAGGUAUAGCAAAUCAAAUUUGAUUUGUCACAUGCGCCGAAUACAACAGGUGUAGUAGACCUUACCUUGAAAUGCUUACUUACAGGCCCUUAACCAACAAUGCAGUUCAAGAAAGAGUUAAGAAAAUAUUUACAAAAUAAACAAAAAAAUGAAAUGUAACAAUAACAAUGCUAUAUACGGGUCAAUGUGCGGGGGUACAGGUUAGUUGAGGGGGGGGGGUCAAUGUAAAUAGUCCGGUUGGUCAUUUGGUUAAUUGGUCAGCAGUCUUAUUGCUUGGGGUAGAAGCUGUUACGGAGCCGUACAUACUACCCUCUGUAGCGCCUUACGGUUGGAUGCCAAGCAGUUGCCAUGCCAGGCGGUGAUGCAACCGGUCAGGAUGCUCUCGAUGGUGCAGCUCUAGGACUUUUUGAGGAUAAUGGGACCCAUGCCAAGUAUUUUCAGUCUCCUGAGGGGGAAAAGGUGUUGUUGUGCCCUCUUCACGACUAUCUUGGUGUGUUUGGACCAUGAUAGUUUGCCAGUGAUGUAGACACCAAGGGACUUCAAACUCUCGACCCGCUCCACUACGGCCCUGUCGAUGUGAAUGGGGGUGUGUUCGGCCAUUAUUUUCCUGUAGUCCACGAUCCGCUCCUUUUUGUCUUGAUCAUGUUGAAGUAGAGGUUGUUGUCCUGGCACCACACUGCCAGGUAUCUGAUCUACCUAUAGGCUGUCUCAUCGUUGUCGGUGGUCAGGCCUACCAAUGUUGUGUCGUCAGCAAACUUAAUGAUAGUGUUGGAAUCGUGCUUGGUCACGCAGUCGUGGGUGAACAGGGAGUACAGGAGGGACUGAGCAUGCACCCCGUGUUGAGGAUCAGUGUGGUAAUGUGUUGUUGUCCAGGAUCCAGUUGCAGAGGGAGGUGUUUAGUCCCAGGGUCCUCAGCUUAGUGAUGAGCUUUGUGGGCACUAUGGUGUUGAACGCUGAGCUGUAGUCAAUGAACAGCAUUCUCACAGGAGUUAAUUUUGUUCAGGUGGGAAACGGCAGUGUGGAGUGCUAUUGAGAUUGCGUCAUCUGUGGAUCUGUUGGGGUGGUAUGCGAAUUGGAGUGGAUCUAGGGUUUACAGGAUUAUGGUGUUGAUGUGAGCCGACCAGACUUUCCAAGCACUUCAUGGCUACCGACGUGAGUGCUACAGGGCAGUAGUCAUUUAGGCAGGUUACCUUUGCUUUCUUCGACACCGGGACUAUGCUGGUCUGCUUGAAACAUGCAGGUAUUACAGACUUGGUCAGGGAGAGGUUGAAAUUGUCAGUGAAAACACUUGCCAGUUGGUCCGCGCAUACUCUGAGUACACGUCCUGGUAAUAUGUGAAUGUUGUCCUGUCUUAAAGAUCUUGCUCACAUCGGCUACGGAGAGUGUGAUCACACAGUCGUCUGGAACAGCUGGUGCUCUCAUGCAUGCUUCAGUGUUGCUUGCCUCGAAGCGAGCAUGUGGUGUACCGCAGGGCAGCUCUCUAGGCCCUCCACUCUUUUCUAUUUUUACCAAUGACCUGCCACUGGCAUUAAACAAAGCAUGUGUGUCCAUGUAUGCUGAUGAUUCAACUGUAUGCGCAUCAGCAACCACAGCUAAUGAAGUCACUGAAACCAUUAACAAAGAGUUGCAGUAUGUUUUGUAAUGGGUGGCCAGUAAUAAACUGGUCCUGAACAUCUCUAAAACUAAGAGCAUUGUAUUUGGUACAAAUAAUUCCUUAAGUGCUAGACCUCAGCUGAAUCUGGUAAUGAAUGGUGUGGAUGUUGAACAAGUUUAGGAGACUAAAUUAUUUGCCGUUACCUUAGAUUGUAAACUGUCAUGGUCAAAAAAUAUAGAUUCAAUGGUUGUAAAGAUGGGGAGAGGUCUAGCCGCAAUAAAGAGAUGCUCUGCUUUUAUGACACCACACUCCAAAAAGCAAGUUCUGCAGGCUCUAGUUUUGUGUAAUCUUGAUUAUUGUCCUGUCGUGGUCAGUGCUGCAAGAAAAGACCUAGUUAAGCUUCGGCAGGCCCAGAACAGAGUGGCACGUUUUGCUCUUAAUUGUAUUUAGAGGGCUGAAAUACUAUGCAUGCCAGUCUCUCUUGGUUAAGAGUUGAGGAGAGACUGACUGCAUCACUUCUUAUUUUUAUAAGAAACAUUAAUGUGUUGAAAUCCCAAAUUGUUUGCAUUGUCAACUUACACAUCGCUCUGACACACACACUUAUCCCACCAGACAUGCGACCAGAGGUCUUUUCACAGUCCCCAAAUCCAGAACAAAUUCAAGAAAACAUCCAAUAUUAUAGAGCCCUUAUUGCAUGGAACUUCCUUCCAUCUUAUAUUGCUCAAAUAAACAGCAAACCUGAUUUCAAAAACCAGAUAAAGCAACACCUUGCGGCACAACGCCUCUCCCCUAUUUGACCUAGAUAGUUUGUGUGUAUGUAUUGAUAUGUAGGCUACGUGUGCCUUUAAAAAAUGUGUAUGUAGUUCUGUCCUUGAGCUGCUGUUUUCUAUUGAUGUUCUGUAUUAUGUCAUUCUGUAUUAUGUUUCAUGUUGGACCCCAGGAAGAGUAGCUGCUGCUUUUGCAACAGCUAAUGGGGAUCCUAAUAAAAUACUAAUGACCAAAUAAAAGGCAUUUAGCUCGUCUUGUAGGCUCGCGUCACUGGGCAGUUCGUGGCUGGGUUUCCCUUUGUAGUCCGUGAUAGUUUGCAAGCCCUGCUACAGCCGACGAGCGUCAGAGCCGGUGUAGUAGGAUUCAUUCUUAGUCCUGUAUUGACGCUUUGCCUAUUUUUAAUCAUUUGUCUGAUGGCAUAGCAGGAUUUCUUAUAAGUGUCCCGCUCCUUAAAAGCAGCAGCUCUAGCCUUUAGCUCGGUGCGGAUGUUGCCUGUAAUCCAUGGCUUCUGGUUGGGUUAUGUACGUAUGGUCACUGUGAGGACGAUGUCGUCGAUGCACUUAUUGAUGAAGCCAGUCACUGAGAUGGUAUACUCCUCAAUGCCAUUGGAUGAAUCCCCGAACAUAUUCCAGUCUGUGCUAGCAAAACAGUCCUGUGGCGCGUCAUCUGACCACUUCUGUAUUGAUUGAGUCACUGGUAAUUCCUGCUUUAGUUUUUGCUUGUAAGCAGGAAUCAAGAGGAUAGAAUUAUGGUGAGAUUUGCCAAAUGGAGGGCGAGGGAGAGCUUUGUAUGCAUCUCUUUGUGUGGAGUAAAGUUGGUCAAGAAUAUUUUUUUCCCACUGGUUGCACAUGUGACAUGCUGGUAGAAAUUAGGUGAGGUAAAAUGAGGUUAAGCAGUUUUAAAUUUGCCUGCAUUAAAGUCUCUGGCCAUUAGGAACGCCUCUUCUGGAUGAGCAUUUUCUUGUUUGCUUAGACCUUAUACAGCUCGGUGAGUGCAGUCUUAGUGCCAGCAUCGGUUUGUGGUGGUAAAUAGACUGCUACAAAAAAUAUAGAUCAACUCUCUUGGUAAAUAGUAUGGUCUACAGCUUCUCAUGAGGUGCUCUACCUCAGGCAAGCAAUACCCCGGACUUCCUUAAUAUUAGGCAUCGCACACCAGCUGUUAUUGACAAAUAGACACCCCCACCCCUCGUCUUACCAGACGUAGCUGUUCUGUCCUGCUAAUGCACAGAAAACUCAGCCAAAUGUAUAUUAUCCGUGUCGUCGUUCAGCAACGACUCAGUGAAACAUAAGAUAUUUCGUUUUUAAUGUCCCGUUGGUAGGACAGUCUUGAACGGAGAUAAUCCAGUUUAUUUUUCAGUGAUUGAACGUUGGCCAAUAGAACCGAUCUCCACCCCCUAUAUUUCCGUCUUUUCUUCACGCGAAUGACAGGGAUUUGGGCCUGGUCUCGGAGAAGCAGUAUAUCCUUCACUUCGGACUCAUUAAAGAAAAUAUCUUUGUCCAGUUCGAGGUGAGUAAUUGCUUUUCUGAUUUCGAGAAGCUCUUUUCGGUCAUAAGAGACAGUAGCAGCAACGUUAUGUACAAAACAAGUUACAAUGUGAAAAACCCCCACAAAAUAGCACAAUUGGUUAGGAGCCCGUAAAACGGCAGCCAUCCCCUCCGAUGCCAUUAUUAUACCUAGGGGGUAUAGGGGCCAAGUGUUGAUUUUGGAAGUGGACUGAGCACUCAGUGAUGUGAGGACAGAGAAAUGGAAGAAGGAUAUAAGAACACAUUGACUAAAUUGUAAAUUACUGUAAUAUGGACUAUUGGGACAACUUUAUAUAUUAAAGUUGUAAUUUUCCAAAGCAUGGUGAUUCCUUUGUGUUGAGAGAGCCAUGCCUAGAUCAGGGUUCUCCUACUCUGGUCCUGAAGAGCUACUGCUAACACUUGAUUCAGAUAAUCAAGGUCUUGAUGAACAGACAAUUAGUAGAAUCAGGGGUGUUAGAGCAGGGAUGGACCAAAAUCCUGCACAUGCAGUGGGGUUUGAGAAUCCUUUUCUAUAGAGUUGCUGAAGCUCGUUGAUGUCUCUAGUUGAUGUCUCUAUCUCACUCACUGGCGGUUGGGUGUUAUAGUAAAUUCAGAGAGAUUUUAGGAAGCGAGCAGCUCUGCCUCACACGUAGAGAGAGAUGGCGGACUAGAUAGAUAUAACCCAUUUUAGCAUGAACCUUGCCAUUGAGGCAGAAUAUAUGUGUAGAGCCUAGUGCAGACUUUCUACUCUGUAAAUGGAUGUGGUUUGGUAAAUGUUUAGUUUCACAUAGACAUGUCUUUAUACUUUUUAGCUCUUGGUUACUUCUGUUUUGUUUACAAUUAUAAAUAAAAACGUUGCUCCCACACAA